CGUUAAAACAUUUGAUUGCUGCUGCUUUUCUUCUCUGUCUUUGGUUUAACAUUGUUCUGUAUCUCUCUGUUUCUGAGAAGGUUGAUAGGUUUUAAUUUCCUAGUUUGAAGGUCUCAUGGGAUCUGUCUGGGUUUUUGUGGCACCCAAAAUGGCUUGUGAUCAGAUCUGAAUGAAUUUAGGGAAAAGCAUAGCCCUUGAAACUGUUUCUUAUGCCAUUGAUUCAUAAUACAUAGGAUUAAGGUGGCUUAGUCAAGCAACUCUUCAAGAUCAGCUUUCGAGGAUUUUAAGAGGAGACAGAGAGAGAGUAGCAUUGGGUGUAAAUGGCUUCCGAGAGGGAAUGUUUUGAACUUUCAGGACCAUUACACCUAACUUCCGUGGACUGGGAAAACACUCAUCAUCAAAGGUCUGUUGCUGCUAGUUUGGUUCAGGGUGUCUACAUAGUUGAGCGCGACCGCCAAGAGAAGCGGGAAGGUUCUGAGGCCCUUGCUCCUCCUUGGUGGGAGUUCUUUCAUUUUAAGUUGCUCCGUAAACUAGUGGAUGAUGUUGGUUUUUCCAUCUUUGGUGCCGUUUAUGAAUUCAAGCCUCCUCCGUCCAUUCGUCACCACUCACUGGAGGGAAGACCUUGUUUUGUAAUUGCCUUCCGAGGCACCUUGACCAAGUCUGACUCCGUCUCACGAGAUCUUGAGUUGGAUGUUGAGGUCAUCCGCAAUGGACUUCACCGAACGUCUCGUUUUGAGAUUGCUAUACAAGCUGUCAGAAAUAUGGUUGCUGCUGUAGGGGAUUCAAAUGUUUGGUUAGCUGGCCAUUCCUUAGGGUCAUCCAUGGCAAUGCUUGCUGGGAAAACUAUGGCCAAGAAUGGCGUUUUUCUCAAGUCUUUUCUCUUUAAUCCACCAUUUGUUUCUGCCCCGAUUGAGAGGAUUAAGGAUAAGAAUGUGAAGCAUGGGAUUCGAUUUGCAGGCAGCGUAAUUACUGCAGGACUCUCUUUCGCCAUGAAGGCUAAACAAAAACAACAUCAGGGAAAUCGGUCUGUUGAAGACCCAUUCACUACUCUGUCCUCAUGGUUCCCUAAUCUGUUUGUCAAUCCAGGCGAUGACAUCUGCUCGGAAUAUAUUGGUUAUUUUGAGCAUAGGAAGAGGAUGGUGCAGAUUGGAGCUGGGGCCAUUGAGAGGUUAGCUACCCAGAAUUCGCUUGGAGGUCUACUAAUGCAUGCAAUGGGAAAAGCCUCAGAUUCUGAGCCAGCAUUGCACCUCAUCCCUUCUGCCAACCUGACCGUUAAUUUAACCCCUCCGCGGGAUCUCAAAGAAGCUCAUGGAAUUCACCAAUGGUGGGCAGACAGUAUGCAGUUGAAGUCUGAGGUCCACAGAUACAAAUAGUCCCUAGUGUAUUUUCUUGGAUUAUUAGUGUGUCAUGUACUUGUGUAAGGCUGUUUCCUUCUGUUUUAUUCUCUUUAGUAGCUUCGAUCAGUGAAUCAGUAUUCAGGCUCAUUCAUGAAGAACAUCAAAACCCAGAUUGUGAAUGGUAGGAGUUGUAAACUAUCUUUCUGAGUUGCAGCACCAAGGAAUUUCUUAUAAAUUUAUCUACCGGUUUGUUUCUUA